GUCGCGCGCCCUCGGCGCCGCACGCAGCGCCGCUCGCCCCUCGCCACGCGCACGCGGGAACACCUGAGAGAAACAGGCUUCCACUUGACACAAACCACCAACCAUCCCCAUGCUGUGAUACUACCAUCAAGUCAUGCAGAUGAAACACAAGCCUCCCGCUUCCACUCACAGAUCCUCGUUAUGAGAGGCGCCGAGAGCGUGCCCGAUACUACAAUGUUUGACAUGUCAAUUCAAGAGGUUAACGGCAAAGGUCCGAAGAAGCGGAAAAAGUCGUUAGAGAACGAAUUGCUGAAUGAGGUGGAGAAAGAGAAAGAAGGGGAAGCUGAUGCGGGUGUUAAGGCUUCCGGGGUUGAGUUGCUUCAUUGGCGGGACAUGCCCCAGCAUCUGCAGUUCAAUCCAUACGUGCUGACCGGCUACCGGCCUUUGCAGAGCUGGAGUGGCUGCGUACGCAGUCUGUUCUACUUCCAUAACGAGACGAUUAAUAUUCUAACACACGGUAUAUCGCUAGUGUACAUGAUCGCCGUCCUCCCAGGCCUGCUGCCUUGGGGGGGCGGCGGUGCCGGCGUCUGGUUCCUGUCUCUGUGCCACCUCCUCGGAGCCCUGGCGCCCUGGUGCGGCUCCUUCCUCUACCACCUCUUCAUGAACCACACGCACGGCGCCAGCCUCUACCACCGGCUGCUGCAGCUAGAUAUGCUGGGCAUAUGGGUCAGUCAGAGCAUAGGGGCCAUCCCUAUGGUGACGGCGACGGUGUACUGCGCGCCCGCGCCGCUGCGGUACGCCACGCUCGCCGUCUACUGCCUCGGCAGCCUGCUGGGCCUCUACAAAGCGAUGCGGGCGUGGUCCCCCUGGGAGCGGCGCUUGUGCUUCGCAGCACCGUUCUGUAUGCGCCUGCUGCUGGCGGGAGCGCGGGCGGCGCGGCUGGGCGGCGGCGACCCGCACGCUAUACUACAUGUGUUCUUACAGGAUGCAGUAUCGUUGGGCGGUGGUGUGAUCGGUGCCAUGCACAUCCCGGAGAAGUGGUUCCCCGGCACCGUGGACCGCUGCCUCAACUCGCACAACAUCAUGCACGUGCUAGUCGUGCUCGCCGUCUACUCCAUGCACCAGGUGACAACUAAAGACCUCGCGUGGAUGUCUCGCAUAGACUGCCGGGCGCCGCUGCGAAAUCUUUGACGCAGACCACAGCUUCUGAACAUCGUCAUCGCCUGAACCUCACACCUUGUAGCUAGGCAGCUGGUGCCACACAUCAAGUUAUUCGUGCAAAAUCUGGGAUACAGUGAAUUAAAAUCCUCAUUAAAUUUUACUGAAAAUCUUUUAAAAUCCUCAAUAGUUGCUGCAAUUUUAAUUGUAAAACAAUUGACGAUUUUAUAUUGAAAAUAUUUUUUUCUAUUAUUACUCUUAAACUAUUCUCGUAACCAGAUAUUUGUCUUGAGUGUGUACAUUAAAAAUGUCUAUUUAAGUUUUAGAGUAAUUCAUUCGUUUGAUACAUUUUUGUGUCAUUAAAAGACAAUUCAGUUUAAUUCUUUAUAUUGAAUUAUUACUAUCAGUGUGGUCACAUUUACCCGAUCACGAACUUCAAGAGUCCAUGUAUUGUGUCACUCCCUCUAAUGAACAACGAUCAAAUGAUAUAACGAAGUAAGCACCAGCUACCUAGCGAUCGCCUCACAUGUACGUUAAUACCAAUUGUAUCGUGAUAAUGAUUUGAACCGCAGGCUGACACCGACAAUAGCUUCAUGUUAGUAAUGUAGAUGGUACACGUUAAUACGUCACUGUGACAUUAGUGAUUGCUCUCUGAAAAAGACUACUUUCCUCCCAAUGAUGUAUACAGUGAAUCCCUAUAGCAUCCUGACUAAACUUCGAAAAAUGACCACUGUGAAAUGAGUUAGUCUACUUAGUCCACUGUGAGUUAGAUAAUUCACUAAGUCCACUGUAAAGGAGUUACUUCACUCAUUUACAAUUAAGACAGAUGUUGUCGAACAUAAAACUGUGAGUUAUGAAUUUAGUCAACUAAAUAAGCUUUUAUCAUUUAGAUAAAUCUCUAUCUUGUUAGGAGAUUAACUUUUGUAAGCACACUAUUAGGGAAACGAAUAAAUCUGCCUCUUGAAGUUCUAUUAAAAAGACAUAUCCGCGCACUUAUAAUAAUUAAAUUGCAAAAUACUGUUUCAAUUAAAUAUAACCUAGUGUGAAAUUAUUAUAAGAACAUUGGAACUUUGAUUUAAUGUUCUAAUAUAUGAUUUUGUUGGAAUAUUAAUAACAUAGAAUGCAAUAGUUAGUGGACGAUAUAAUGGCCUAUUUUUAUGUUUUCCUCUAACAGAUUCGUUAUAAACCCCUUUUUAAUUGAUCAUAAUAUAACAGUCACUCAAAUAAAUAGUGAAAUAAACGGUUAUUAAUAGGUAUAAUAAUUGUAGAGAUAAGUUAACGAGUACAAUUAAUAAUACAUAUUGUGUAAUGCGAUGCUUAAUGAGAUAGGAAGAGAGCAAUGCUUGGUGCUUGGUUUCGUGAUGGAAGCCGAAGUAACGAUGAUCGUGUAUAAUAAGGCUACCAAGCUUAUAUCGUAACUAAAUUCAUAUUGAAUUAACAAACCUAUCUUAGGAAAUAUUGGUAAGAGUGUUCGUUGGGUAGGAACCAAAAGUGGUUAAAAGAAUGAUGGUAUCAAAUACGCUCGUAUAAGCAAACCAUUUAACUGAUCCCUCAACCGCAGGGAUGCGACAGAGGCGUUGGACAAUGAAAGAAUAUGGUAGUUGACCGUAGGUACAAUAUAAUGUCGUUGUAGUUGACUCAUGACAAAUUUAAUAUAAACAAUAUUAAUUUCCUAUAGUACAUGGAAUAUGGGUCCGAAAUAUUUUGAUAUUAAUAUAAGUUAAGGAUUUCUUAUAAAACAUAAUUUAAUUUUGUGACGUCACGAUUUGAUUUGAUGUCACUUGAGAAAUAAACGUCAAACUAAGGCAUGUUCAAUUUUUUGAUGCUCUCAUGCCUAGUUCGGACUGCUUUAGUAUUUUAGUCGACUUAAAUACUAAAGUACUCCAAACUAGUCCUCAGCCUUUUUAUUAUUUAGCGUUUACGGGUUUACGUGACGUCAUGAUACAUAUUAAAUGUAGACCAUCAUGUCUGAUAGUGAUAGCAGCAUUGCUCGUAUUGCCGAACAGUAUUUAAAAAUUGUAUUUUUUUUGUCUCAAAAAAUAUUUGAAAUUAUUUUUUUAUGUCAAAAAUAUUUAAAAAUUAAAGUUUAUGUAUUCAACAUAAAAGUCUCAAAAAAAAAGUUUUUUUAAUCCAGUAGAACGAUAAUGAUUAAUUUAAGACCCAUUUUAAAAAAGUGUCAACUAGCCUAUUGCGUCUGCCGUCCGCUACUCUAUCCUUCACAUCACACAGGAAAGUCACAGUUUCAGUGUAUAUAGAGAGGCUAUAAACAAACCUUUACACCGCAGGAGCGGAAUGGUUAAUAUGGUUUGCCUAUAGUUGCGAUUAAGUUUAUAGAAAAUUAUGAUCGGUACUGCCUUCUUCGAGGUCCGUAGUUCACUAUGACUUAAAUCAAUCAUGGUCUCAAUUAUCUGUAUUAAGUUCUUGUAAUCUAAGUGAGCGGUAUUUUUCGGUAUUGUCCGUUUUAGUUACUCCUCUAAGCUUUUAACUGUAAUAAAUAAACUAUUAAUCUCUUCUGAAUUGGCAGUGUUAACUACAUUUGUUUUUGCCAACUUUUCUUCCUUUAUGAUACAGUAUGCUACUACUGCUUUUUACCAGGAGGUCCCACAUUCGUAUUCCAGCUCGAGUCAACUUGAAAUUCAUAUCUAUCUACCACCGUAUUGUUAAAAUGUUUCAGUUUCAGAUUUUUAAUGUCAUAGAGAAUUAGGACCUAGAAGGUGUGAUAUCGAUAAAAUGGGUUCUGAAUAUGGUGGAAUACAAGUUGAAUGUGUGACUAACAAGUGAAUAGUCAAAACCCGUACAGUAGGCGUCUUCCGGCAUAGUUUAUGAUGACAAUGAAGUGAUGUGUGACUUAAAAAACCUUCCGUAGGCUUAUUUCAAUUAGUUUUAACUAUAUUCACUUCAUGGCAUUCUCCAGAAAAUCGCCCUUGUUGAUAUUUUUAAGGAUAAAUUGAUACGCUUUGUAAAUUUGAAGGCAUUACGUAGGUUUCAUAGUGAUAAAGCAAUUCUAGACGGAUCUUAGAUAUUAGGGUACCCUCACAAAAUUUCGACUGAUGGCAUAGUUACACUGAAAUCCGAUCAAAUUACGCUAUUGCCUUGCACUUAUAAAAGUGAAAUUAGAGGACAUUAGUUUGGAUCUUAAUUACUUAGAGUUUCCGUAGUCUUCUAUUUUACCCUAUAUUUGUUUAUUGUAAAAAUCAAUAAAUUACCAUGUUCACAUCUCUCUCUAAGUCGCUGCAAUAUACUUCUAAUAAUAAUUCUAAUCUAGUCAAUAGACAAUAUUUAUUGAUAUUGUAGGUUUUUUUGUAUUGUUUGCCUUUUGUAAAUAUAUAAAUAAUAAAUAAGUUACAUUAAGUUAAUAUAAUUUUGAAUUUGUUCAAAUAAGACAUACUUCGCUUAAUUUAUCUAUCAAUUUAACGUUCCAAUCAUUCCCUUAAACAGUGUUAUUAUAAUAAUUAUGAUUUUGUCGAAAGGGAAGUUAUAAAUAUAAAUCAAAAGUAGCUUGAUAUAAUAGUUAUCUUAAAAGCUGUCCAUUUCCUAUCGUUCCAAUGUCUUGAGAGGUCAUCGCCGGUCAAGAUAGUUCUAUUUAUAUAGUUGUUGGGAAAUUUGGAACUGCACUUACUCGUACUAAUUAGUAGAAACAGUAAUCAUUUAUUCCUCAAUUAAUUUUUAUUAUUUAUUACGAGUAUUCUACACCUACUAGGUAAUUUUAUAUUAUAUGACUUUUUUAUUGUUGUAAAAUAUAUAAAUUACCUAUAUAUUUUCUCUACAUGCCUGCUGUUCUGUUUGAAACUAAACACCACUCACAAAGUGCAAAGCAAGGAGGGAAAAUUGACCCAGCGUGCCACCCUGCAAUAAAGAUAAUCUAGAAAAAACUUACCAUGCUUGCCUGUACACAUAAUAAUUAUGGAGGCAAUUUAGAGUCAACUUCCUAGAUUACCCCUGCUGUUUGAUUGAUGUGUUUGUGUAGCCUACUUCAGGAUUUUCAUACCUCUGUAUGUAUGAAAAAUCAUGUGUUUUUUGUCUGGUAUGUCAAAGGAUUGAUUGAAUAGAAUACUUUUAGAAGCACUUAGCGAGAACGUCGCUGAGACUCUCUCAUUAAAGAAUAUGAUAUAUAUAUAUGAAUUUAUAAUGUAUGAUCUCGACUAAUGUCAAUCUAUCCUCAUCGAGUUUACAAUAUAAUUUGUAAUUGAAUUUAUACGCAAACCGCUUGGGACGGGAACGACAGAGGGAAGGGAGAGAGGUGCGGGCAUCUGUAGCGUUAUUCUUUAACGAAGUUUUUAUAACUCGACUAUGUGAGUUUCAAAUUCAUCUCUAUCUCUCCCUGUCUGUCACGAUACUGUAGAAAGAGAUAAAGAAACCUAUAUGAAGCUCACAUUAUCGAGUUAAACAACAUCGUUACGUAAUAGCACUACAGUUAAUGAUUGAAUGAAUAAAUGUGACUGUCGCCCGCUUAUCUCUCUCUCUCUCGCCUCUGUCUUCGGACGGCAACUAAUUUGUGUUAUCUAUACUAAUAUUAUAAAGUUGAAGAGUUUGUUUGUUUGUUUGAACGUGGUAGUCUCAGGAACUAAUGGACUGAUUUGCAAAAUUCUUUCAGUGUUAGAAAUUUCCAUUUAUCGAGGAAGACUAUAUGCUAUAUAUUAUCCCCGUAUUUCUAGGGAGAACGGGAACCACACGGGUGAAACUGCGCGGCGUCAGCUAGUUAUAGAUAUAAUGCCUACAAUUUAUAACUGGAGCCUACAAUUAUUAGGAAACUCGCGAUGAAAGUAUCCACUCUGAAUAAAUAUAUGUAUAUGCAUUUCUAUGUAAAUCAUAAAUGCAAAAAUGCACUGCCUAUUCUAAAGACUCAUCCUAAAGUAUUGGAGAAGGAAUUUCCCCCUUUUUGUGCAAAUUGUAGGUAUCAUCCCUACCCUACUAAAUAAAAACCUUGUGAACGCCACUGUCUACGUUCACCGAUAUCUAGACUAUAAAUGCACUUAUGACGUUUUGCCUGUAAUUGGUAAAAACCCAUUCCAUACAAUUUUAUGAAUUAGUUUGCAAAACCCAUAAUUAGCACGAAAUUACAAAUGAGCAACACUAUCGCGUAUCGAGCUCGUACGUACGAGUAUUUACUAUUGUGUAUAAUAUUAUAAAUAUUAUGCAAUGUUUUAUGUUACGUCAAUUUUAUUUGUAUUUUUAAAUUUUUUCUCUUUGUCCAAGGAACUGUAUUUUUAAAUGAUGUAAAAAUAAUUUCUAUAGUUAUUCCUUUGUCUUAAAAAUUAGAACACCUGCAUUGAUAUAUCAAGAAAUUAUAACAAUCUGUUAUAAUAGAAUAGUCGUUUUAUAUAUAUGUCACCGUAAAAUUGUAAACACCGUUAGGUUAUAAUCCAUCUCGCGAGAUUGUGAACCACAACAUACUACUUACAAUUUAACGUGUUAUUAUUCGGUAGAUUGUUAGGAAGAACGUAUAAAUAAAAAAAAAACCUAACCUAACUCAACCUAACCAUUGGAUUCUGAGCAGAGCCACUUAAGUUCCGGUUCUUUGGAGUAUGUUGCGGCUCACAAGCUUCUUCUCGUGAGUUUGUAAACCGUCGGGUUUACAAACUCACGAGAAAGAACGGUAUAUACAAUUAUUUUACGGUGUCUAGUACGUAUACUCAGUCAAUCAGACACGGGCAGUGCGUCAGCCAAGUUCGUAAAAAACAGCUUUAAUUUUAUGUUAACGACUUUAUCACAUUGAAAUAAUGUAAAUAAUAAUAAUUUAUAAACAUUACAUGACAUUUCGAUUUCCGAGCUAAUGUUAGCUUCCUUUAAUUUCCUCGACCAGGAAUCUAGCCUGAUAUCUAUAUCAAUUCCUUACAUUGCGUCUUGCUUAAAUUUACCUCGUAUCAUAGAAUUUGCAUUACCUAUCUACUUUAAAGUAGUUGUAUUGAUAAAUUUAGUAGUUAGAUAGUUAACAAGCAAUAAUUAUUAGACAAUUGUUAAGAAAUUUGACAAAAGUAGUGCUCUAGGAUGAUCGAUAAUAUAACGAAGACAUUAAAAGUGUUACAUUUUUUAUUUUCCAAUUUUUGUAUCUACUUUUGUCAAAGUUCUCUUGUUUUGAUCAUUUAUUGUGAUAGUUUUUUAGAUGAAGUCAAGUGUAUUUGCGAGAUGAUAUCAUGUAAAAUUAUUGUUAAAAUCUUAUAGACGCUCACUUUACUAAGGGUGGUAUAUCCACCCCCACCUGCCAAAAUAUCUAAACAAAACACGUAACUCGUUAUUUAUAUUUUUGGAAAUCGAUAUUUUAACUUAGCACAUCAUAUUUACAAUAGUGUUAAAUUAUUUUCCUUAUUUAUCAAAACAUUAACCGUAAACUUAUAGGAUUAUCAUACUUAACUAUUUAACAAAAUCAAUUCAAAGUAGUGAUUAAUUAUUUCACUUACAUAUUUUAUGAAAAGUAUUUGCUACCAUUUUAACUGCCUACACUGUAUAUGUUACUAAUACACAUAAAACUCUAAGAUUUUCUGACAGUUAUACCUAAGACUAAAACUCAUUUACCAAAAAAACCGAUAAUUUUUAAACAUGUUUCUAUUUUUCUGAGAGUCCUUCAGUUUCACAUAAGUACUAACACCCCUGUCUACAUCUUACCACUACAACCAAAGCCAAACCAUUUUCGAAAGUAGAAUAUACAUAAUACAUAAUACGUAAUGAAUAUCUUAUGGGUCAUAUUUGCAAAUAGUCCGCUCUUUGUAAUAAAAAAUUAAGUAAACGCGCCCUUCAUAAUAUCAGGUUGUAAAAAAUAUUAGAAUUCAAAAAAUUUAAGUUAUACAAAUCACCUGCUUAACUGACUCCGAAAAACAAUACAUACAUAUAUUGAUUAUUGACCAAGGAAAAUGAUACCCAAAAGCUGUUCUUUUUUCAGAGAAUUUGACCGUUUCUAAUCCUUCUUAUGACCUUGUUAUUUAUGACUGUGUGGUCAUUCUUUGAACGGUGAUUUGAAUUUGAAUAAUGACUUUUUAUUAAUCAAAAUAAUUUUAGAGGACCUCUCCCGUUAUCCAUAAAACUACAGAACAGUGAACUAAAGCCGCAGCAAGAUUAGUUCCGCGGCACCGACAUUUAUAUAAAUUAGUAUCAUCCAAUAAAAGUCCAUAAGUCACUAAAAGUAGGACCUACCAAACGAUUUAGCGAAUGUGAAUUUUCAUCCUAUGGGAUUCAUCCUACUUUUAACAAAUUAGCCCGCAUCUACAUUAGAUUGCAUCAUCACUUCAUGAGGUGAGAUUGUAGUCAAGGGCUAACUUGUAAAGAAUGAAAAAAAUACCUCUAGGCCUUUUCACUCUAGAUCAUAUCGCGAUGUAUAUCUAUCAACGAUUAAUGUAAAGAUCUACAAACAAAGACAUAAAAUAGAGCCAGAAUAGAUUAAGUUUAGGUAACCCUAUACUUAUAUAUAUGACAUCACAAACAGGAAAAUCCAAACAAAUAGGUAUAUCAAUCAAUACACAGAUCAAUUUAGAGAAACUGACGCAUUUUAAUAUUAUCAUGUGCAUGCAAUUAAUAUAUUCUUUUAAUACCUACAUUUGCAAAUAAAUAGGAAAUAAAGAAAAAAAACGUGUUUCGUAAAAUACCAAUACUGCAAUCUGUUUAAUUAUUGACAGGUUGUAAUAUUUCCACGUUAGGGAAAAUAUGCCCAAAGUGUCACCAUCAGGAAAAUUGGACAACACACCAUAAAAAAAUUAAACUAUCAGUGUUAUUCAUAUUAAUUGAUUAUGAAACAUUACUCGUUGAGUUUAGAUCGUGCCGCGUUGCAAGAACCAGCCCAUGACUAAGGGCCCCGUAUGGGUUCGAAACUAGUCGGGCAUACUUCGACCUUGUAUCACGUGAGUUUUUAGCCGUGUUAGCCUCAUAUAUCUUCGAAAAUAUUAAACAGUAUCACAUCGACUAAAAGACAUACGUUUACCGGUCUUAGCUAAAACAAACACAGAGAUGUGCGGUUUGAGACACAAACACAGACACGUGUCGGCCUUAUUCUAUGCGUACUGCCGACAUAAUAUAUUUCAGCGUGCGUGCACUAUCUGUGAGUGCGUGUAAAACUACAUCACAACGUACUUAGUCUACCUUAACAGGUACAUAAGGUAGGUUUUGUUAAGGUAGGUUCCAACAUAACACUAUUCUGUUACGAUGUACCAGCUAGUUAGUCAUUUUAUAUGAUGCAUUUAUUUUGAUCCGAUUCCAUGUGAAUAUUUUGCGUUAAUUUACGCACAGGUUAUUUACAGGUAUUGUUUGUAUGAAGAACAAGAUAACCUACAUACUAUGAAUUCAUCCAUAUUAUUUUAAUGUUAAUAAAUUGCGUAUUAUUCAAUGUCAAUACAAUAGAUACAAUAGGUAAUAGUCUAUAGGUAUAUCGGUAAAAUACAGUGCAGCUACGAGUACCUUGGAGGCUAAAUCUUUUUCAUUUAAAAAAAAAAGAUACGCCUAGAUACAAAUAACACUAUUCUGUUACGAUGUUUUUAUAACUCGACAGUCUGAGUUUUUAAAUUCGCCUACAUCUCACUUUGUCUGGCACCAUACUUUAGAUAGAGAGAGAUACUGACGAAAAAGUCAGACUGUCGAGUUUUAAAAACAUCGUUACAGAAUAGCGCUAAUAAAUGACUUCGAUGUUCAUAGAAAUACGGGCUCGCAACGCUAAGCUCAUGUUUCAGUAUUUUGAACGUUAAUAUUUGAAGCAUAAGAGUGAUAUUCAAAAGCAAUAUACCAGUAUUUUAAUGUUUUAGUAUUACGAAUAUUAAUAUGUUUGUCGAGUACUUAUACCAGUGUGAAAGUUGUGUCCGGUACGUUUAACAUCGUGUGUUGGAGAUGUAUAGGAUAAUAAAGGAUUUAUAAUUGAUUGAAUUCAAACUGUAGACGUUGAUGAGAGUAUUAAAGUUUAUUUGAAUUUA